GCCGAGCCGAGCUGAGACGGGCCGGGCCGAGCCGAGCCGAGCUGAGACGGGCCGGGCCGGGCCGAGCUGACUGCUGCCAUGCCCAAGGCGCGGGCCGGGAAGCGGCCCCAGCGCCGGGAAGGCGGCGCCGGCGGUGAGUGCGGAGCGGAGCGGGCCGGCAGGAUCCCGGGAGCCCGCGCCGAGCGGGGGCCUGUGGGGAGCGCGGCUGCUCACGGUAACACGCCCGUCUCUUCCCCAGGCAUCCUGUUCAACACCGGGGCCGGGCAGCACAUCCUGAAGAACCCUCUCGUGGUGAACAGCAUCAUCGAUAAGGCUGCCCUGCGCCGAACAGAUGUCAUUCUGGAAGUGGGCCCGGGAACUGGAAACCUGACAGUAAAGAUGCUGGAGAAGGUCAAAAAAGUUAUUGCUUGUGAAAUUGACCCUAGACUUGUUGGUGAGCUUCAGAAGAGAGUCCAGGGCACGUGUCUAGCAAACAAACUUGAAAUCAAGGUUGGUGACAUCUUGAAAACAGAUUUACCAUUCUUUGAUGCAUGUGUCGCUAACUUGCCUUACCAGAUUUCUUCACCUUUUGUUUUCAAGUUAUUGCUUCAUAGACCCUUUUUCAGGUGUGCAAUCCUUAUGUUUCAAAGGGAAUUUGCACUUCGUUUGGUUGCAAAACCAGGAAGCAAACUGUACUGCAGACUCUCUAUUAAUACUCAGUUAUUAGCUCGAGUGGACCAUCUGAUGAAGGUUGGAAAGAACAACUUCAAGCCUCCUCCCAAAGUCGAAUCCAGUGUUGUCAGAAUAGAGCCAAAGAACCCACCACCACCUAUCAACUUCCAGGAGUGGGAUGGUCUGGUAAGGAUAGCCUUUGUUAGGAAAAACAAGACACUCUCUGCAGCAUUUAAAUCAAGUGCUGUAGAGCAGUUGCUGGAUCAUAAUUACCGAGUUCAUUGUUCCUUACAUAAUAUGGAAAUCCCUGAAAACUUCAAAAUUGCAGAGAAAAUACAGACAGUUCUAAAAGAUACAGGUUACUCUGAAAAACGAGCCCGUUCAAUGGAUAUAGAUGAUUUCAUUCGGUACUCUUUUUUUUUUUUAUGUUUAUGUCUUCCUUUUAAGCUUCUUUAAAUUCUGUCUGCAUCUGUAGCUGCAUAGCACAGAUUACUAGUGGAUUGCACAGGAAUAUUAGGGUUUCCCCCUUAGUACCAGACACUCCGUGCUUCCAGUCCUGAACAUGAACAAACACUUAAGGCCUAGUUAUAUAUUUUAAAUGCUGUUUAUAAUAUUCAGAGCCAACUAGCUAAGGAUCCCUAUUUCAGGUGUUUGUAUACUAGACCCUUCUUUAAACCUCCUUUAAAAAUGGCCAUUGUGUAAAUUGGUUAUUAAAACUUCUCUAGUCUUACACAGCCUUUCUCUGCCUUGAGGAUUAGGCCAUUGUCUGUAGCAUAAUUUUAAAUAUGAAUGAUUAACUGCUAUAUUCUGCUCUUACUUUCGGUGGCAUUAUGAAUCUUACUCAAUUCAAGAUAGAAAUUCCUAGCUGUUUUUCAUUUGGAGAACUAAGGUCAUGCUCUGAAAAAACAGUGAACCUGGAAGGAUCCAACGUAAGUAACUGUAUCAAAAAUAAACCUGCAUCUCUAAAAUUACAAAUUUGCUAAUAACUUCUAGUUUCAGUUUUGUUAAAAUUCUUUCUUUGCAGUUGAUCAGUGAUGACUGCUUUCAUGCUAUUUUCUUUGCACAUCUUAAAAAUGCCUCAAGCUGAAGUUUAUAUUGCUAGAAUUGUGAUAUACAUAUUUUAAUCUUUCAGAUUGCUACAUGGCUUCAAUUCAGAAGGCAUCCAUUUUUCAUAGCUACUCCUAGAAGAAUGGAAGAUGCUGUAUUUUUUCACCAAAGUUUUGCCCAAGACAGAGUGAGUGCAGUGGGACAAGGUCCUCAUAAAAGCAACAAACAGAAUAUGGCACAUAUGCUUGGACUCAAAAUAAAAUGUUAGAUAUAAUUUUAUUGCAGAUGGUAGGCAAGAAACUGCUGCUUGGUAUUUUAAAAGCAUCAAAUUGUUUCAGAGCUGAAGUGAGGAGCUGGACUGCCUCAUGACUGUACUAUCCUCUAUGUAUCCAAAACAUGGAUUGAUGAUCAUUGAAAUAUAUGGUCUCCAAUGAUGGACUUCACCUCAGUAUAUUCAUGCACAAUACUCAACAAUACAACCCAUAAUGGGUCUGGACAACAAAAAGAAAGUCGUAGUAAUUCCUUUUUUUGGUAUCAAUCAUUUGUGUGUUUGUUUUGAAGUGUAUUUAAACACUUCCUUUUGAUUUGAAGUGUCUUUUACUCUUGUCACUCUGGUAACUACCAGCACUCCAAGCCUGUUAGUAAUCUGCUUCUGUUAGAGAAUUCCAAUGAGUGUUUCUCAGAAAACAAAAGAAUUUAUCUUGUG